AUGCCGGGAAUCUUCUCCCGCAUCCACAAGGCACGAGAUGCUCGCCAGAAAAAGAAAAAUGCCCACAACGACCUCGCCAGCUCCCUCCCCGUCAAGCCCCGAUGGGAUGACGCCUACACGCGUGCCUCGGUUGAGCCCGACGAAAUUGACGAAUUAAUUCGAUGCUGUACACAGGAAAUCAAGUCGCGAGGCCUCGACCACCCUUUCUUGCUCCUGCCUUUCCGACCGACUUCCAACCCCAGCGGCGUACGAACAUUUAUUCGAAACUUUUUUGGCAAGGAUGGCCUCGAUGCGCCGAUCCAUGGCGAAAGGCUCCAGCAAGAAGUUCGCAUCGCAGAGCCCAUGGUGCUCGCUUCGGUACUGAAAUGGUGCUGGAGUCGCCUUCAGGGUGGUGUCGUGUCAUGGGAUGCAUACGAGCUGUUCAAGAUUGGCGAACUCGGCAAAGAUUCUUUCAAAACAUUUAUUCCCAUCAGUGUUGAGAGUGACUCGAGGCAAAAUAUCAUUUUCAGUUUCUUCGAGCUUGUCGCUGCCAUCGCCGCCCAUGGCAAGAAAAACGGCCUCAGUGGUGUGAAACUCUCCCGUAUGGCCGCCUGGUGGGCGUUUGAGCAAAGGGACACGGGCGAUGGAUUUGAUGGAGGCUACAAGGCCUGGAAAAAGGCUGCCGAUGCCACCACUCACCUUUUCUUCGCAUAUCUGCGAUCGCUUUCCCCCGAGCAGGAACUGACUGGCAUCACCAUGCUUCCCCGGUCUCUCCAGAAACUUUUAAACGAAACCGAGUAUCCUCCCAAGGCCGCCGACAUGCUUGUUUCCCGUACUAAUAAGCUCGUCAUGAUUGUCGACUCCGUUUCGCCCACUCCCUUUGCGCUGCUUCGGCGUGCCAGCAAAUUCGAGUACCGCGAUUCUGAUAUUGCUCUUCGCAAGCUUUCCGACUUUGACGACGCUACCGAAGCCCUCAGCGAGGAAUGUCGACGAGUCCUCAAGGCAAUUUCCGCUGCCAACCAGUCUCAAGCUUCCAGCGCAAAGCAUUCCACCAGCCUCCGUGAUGCGUCUUGGUCGCGAUUCGAGGACAUUGGCUUCGCAAGCGCCCUGACUGAGGAGGAUGACUACGAGGAGAGUGCUGUCCCGGUCAAGCGCCCUCCGCAGACCUUUGGUCCCAGCAAAAGCAUGCUCAACAUGCCCUCCUCUUCCGCUCAUAAUGCUCGUCCGACUACGCCCUCCUGGGCCGACUUCCUCUCCACCGGCUUUGUCGACGACUCUGCCAAAACCAACACACUUGUUCCCCCAGACAAGGUUCUGCCUCCCAUUGACGUCCAGCGGCAGCACAGUUCCCAGUCACAUCAACCCCGUCUGGAAUCCGACAAAGAUUUGGAGCCUGGUGAGCUGGCUAGCAUCACCCCUUUUGAUCUGGAUGAUGCUUUCUGGUGGGUCUGGAUGAGCAGUCUCGCUCCCGAAGAGACCAGUGAGAGAAAGGCCGCUUUUGGUCGAUGUGCCGUUCUCGAAACCACCGUUCACAACGGUGCAUGGCUGGUCAUGGAAGAGCUAAUCGCCGGGGCGGCCCCCGACCCCCAGGAAGGCGCGUACAUUGCUGAGAAGAAGGGAUUCUUCAGUUGGACCAAGCGUAGCCGCACUGUUUCGCGUCGCAAGUCUGUCAACAAGUACUCUCUCAGGAGAGGUGAACACGCUGUUAGCGGAGGAAGCACCACCAACGUCGGUAGUGACACCCAGGCCAAAAUUGCCGCCAAGGCAGCUCAGCUACGUGCUAUUCAAGAGUCUGGAAACAAGCCUGUCGCUACUCGACGUGGUCGCACUGAUGAGGAGGUAUUGGGUGACAAGACUAACAGUAUCUUUGAUCUUCAGCCGCCCAUUGUUGGCGAGGCCUCUUCUGCCAUGAAGUGGGUCAAGAAGUAUGACAAGGGAGCCGUAAAGGACGCGUACCUUUCUAACAGCAACGCUGGCCGAGGCGUCUCCAUCUCUCCUUCUCAGGCAGAACACUCCCACGAGGCUGCUUCUAAUGGUAGCACCGAAGUAUCCAACGCUAGUAUCAAGGCACUGGAAAGAAAGCCCGUCCCUGCGGCCCCCGUCGAAGAAUCAGCCUCUUCUCCUGCAUUCACCGAGAAGGCUCAGGCAGCACACCCCGAUGAGGUCCAGGAUGAGGUAUCCCGGCCUCGAGACACAUCGGCUGAGCCUCAGGAAAGCAAGGUCGCUCCUCUUGUAGUCGAGGAGACCAAGGAAGAACAGGCCGAGAAUGUUCCAGCUCCUCCCCCGAAGGAUGAGCAGCCCGUGGCCGCUCCCACUCCUCCGGCUUCAGCGCCCACCCCUGCUCCCAAGCCGGCUGAGACUCAGCCGAUGUCGCCCGUUAAAGAGAAGGGUGGCCUUCGCAAGCUGUUCCGCAAGAAUCGUUCCUCGAAAGUCCCAGACAACGCAGCUGCCCAGCUGAACAGCAUGUUUAAGCAAGACGCCGCUGCUGCUGCCGCUGCGACUAGGAGCAAGGAUCCCGAACCUGUUGCUGAGACGUCUGUUGCUGAGAAGCCUGUUGAGCAGGCUGUCCCGACAGAGCAUUUCACUGAACCAACUCUGGAAAUUCUGCCGGAGCCUGACACCGAAGCAGACAAGCUUGCAACCUCCGAUAUGGCUGUCGAAAGCAAGACCGAAUUCUCUCGCUUCGAUCAGGGUCCUCUAGCUGACCAACCCGCAUUUGCUCCCGAGGACGUGGAAGAAGAUGUGCUUACACCCCCGGCUGUCGCGCAUCACGAACAGCAAGGUGAUGAUACUGGCAGCAACGGACUCACUCGCAUAGCCAGCCCGGGUGUGCAGGAUCGAUGGGCACAAAUUCGCAAGAAUGCUGCUGAGCGUGCUUCUCAGCGCCAAACUGACGAGCGCGACCGCAGCAUGCCGCCAAGCAAGAGCGCUACCGAGGCAGAUGAUGAAACCAGUGGCGAGGAGACUAUCGAGUCGCGCGUUGCUCGCAUCAAGGCUCGCGUCGCCGAGCUCACUGGCAAUAUGGAGGGAACCCACGCCCCUGCACUGAAGAACAGCGCUCAAGCCAGCGCUGUCACCCCCAGUGUUGUCGACUGA